CAAGUGACCAUCAGUUGGACGCCCGGACGCGACGGAUUCGCACCCCUGCGGUAUUAUACGGCGCAGAUCUCAUCACAGGGCGGCCACUGGUGGACAUACCCGACCAAAAUCGACCCAACUCUCAGAGUUUACACCAUUACUAAUCUGAAGCCAUUCACAACAUAUCAGUUUAGAAUUAAAGCCACGAAUGAUAUCGGAGACUCCGGUUGGAGUUUAGAGUCACCCCUCACUCGCACCCUUCCCGCCCCUCCAGACAAGGCCCCCAUCAAUGUCAUUGUCUCGCCAUAUACUCCGACAUCCGUUGCCGUUAAAUGGGCUGAAAUUCACGACUGGAAUGGAGACGAUAGUGGGGCCGGAUAUAAGGUCCAGUACUGCAUUAUCUCACAACAGGGCGUGUCGUCUAACUGUCCGUCGAGUUCAGUGCGAGGAAAGAACGUGACGUCCAUUUCCAUCGAGAAUUUAGAGCGCGACCAACACUACGAAAUCAAAGUAAUCGCGUACAACAGUCAGGGCGACGGACCCACCAGUAAAGCCAAAGUGGUUUAUGUCGGAGAAGCUGUUCCAACGGGAGAGCCAUUAAACAUAACGACAACAGCCUUGUCGUCAUCUGAAGUGAAGGUGACGUGGAGUGCGCCCGACAGGAACAAACAGAACGGACAGAUCAUGGGAUAUAAGAUAUUCUAUUGGCAACAAACAGAACCUCACCAUCGGUUCAAUGAGUUGGGCGCUCAUAAGAACGGGUAUUACGAACAGCCCCGGGAGAUGAUGGAGAUCGUGCCCGACACGACCGAGUCGUUCAUUCUGUUGGAUCUCAUAAAAUGGUCCAAUUAUAGCAUCCAGUUGUCGGCAUUCAAUCCGGCCGGCGAUGGGCCGCGUUCUCGAGCCAUCGUUGUGCAGACCAAAGAGGACACACCCGGAGAAGUGGGCGCUCUUGUGUUCGAUGAGAUCACGAUGUCUCAGGUGAAGGUGUCGUGGAAACCACCGCAAGAACCAAAUGGAGUUCUUCUGGGAUAUUACGUGACGUAUGAGACACUGAUUAAUGACUUCAGCAAACAAGUGAAGCAAAAGAUAAACGACAGCUAUUUAGUGGUGAAUGGGUUAAGGGAACGGGUUAUGUAUACAUUCAAAAUUAGGGCCGAGACAUCAGCAGGAGUGGGACCCGAGACUAUUGGAAACGUGACGACUGGCCCACAGCCGGGAUCGCCUCCUCCACCCACUGAUGUUAUAUCUACUCAAACAUUGACAUCAGUUAAGCUCAAGUGGAAGAACCCGGAGUAUAGGCCUAUAACUGGUUAUCUGAUUGAAGCGAAUAAUCUUAACAUAAAGGGAGCGCUUGAAUGGCAACCCGUCUCUCAGAUUAAGAAUGGGAGACAAGAGAGAUAUGAACUGAGUUUCACUCAUUUGGCGCCGUCCUCUCAGUACACAUUUAGAGUGAUGUCAAUGAAUGAUAGGGGCAUUAGUGAGCCGGCAUAUCCCGACAAAGUGAUUGGUUCCGUAGUCAUCCAAACGCCAUCUCAUCUGGAACUACGGGCUCGGAUGCCAUACUAUCGGGAGAGUUGGUUUGUCAUACUGUGCGCCUGUCUUAGUGUUGUCAUCACUAUAAUGGUUAUCGCAGUUCUUUGUGUCAAGAAUAAGACUAAUAAAUACAAACAAGAGAUCAUAAAAGGAUCGCAGGACAGGCUCUCAGAAGUGGGCUUUGGUUUGGACGACAAUAUGGACACUCAUUAUCCGACAGGAUUUGAGAUGAGACAACAGACUUCUAUGAAUACAAUUCAACGCAGGAGUAACGGCACACUGAGUACAGUGGCCAGUAUGGCAGCCACUAAGUGCCCGCCCCGACCCUCUCCCGGUUCCAUCACAUACUCGGAUGAGGAGGAGGAGGACGAUGACGACGACAUUAAAGGCGCCGGACUUUACGAGAGCAGUGGUGAGAGUCUGACUGAAAAGCCGAGCGAAAUGAGUAGUUCGGGUCCGGAGUCGGAGUCAGAACACGACGACAUGAGCGCCGCCAACCAUUUCGUCAACCAUUACGCCAAUGUUAACGACACACUCAGGAAAGGACAGCCAUCAUGGAAACGACACGCUAAACAAUAUGUAGUGCCAACACAUCACAGACAUUCAAUGCCAUUACGGGAUCCGCCAGCCCUUCCCGCCCCUCCACCGCCCAGUUAUUUGGCAGCCAUUGCUAUAAACGCAUCAGAAGAUAGUGAACUCGACAGUCCGUCCGUUAAUCUAAACGGCGGCAGAAUUAUCGUCAAUAAUAUGGCCGGAAGUCGAGCACCACUUCCAGGGUUCUCAUCAUUUGUAUAAAAAACGGACCAAAAACAGAGUUUUAAUACUAAUAUCAUUUGUAUAUAAUUUAUAUUUAUUUGAUAUGAUUUUGAUUUUUUAUACGUUUUUACCGAACAUUCCCUUUAUACUUUUGUAAAAUAGUGUUUAGUUCUUAACCAUUGAUUGCAUUUAUCAUAAUAUUAGGCCGAGAUAGUGAUUUGUCUUUCAUUAGUAGCCUGAAGGGGUCUGAAGUUGUUUGAAAUGGUUUUCUUGAGACCCGUCUUGCGGUUGUUAUCUCCCGACCGACACUUACGGAAUUGCUUUUCCUGUAAUUAGUUUAAUUUGAGUGACAAUUAUUUAGUAUUAAAUGAACGUAAGAUGUGAUUAACUCAUUAUCUAAUUGACGAGAGGAGAGCACAAGAGAACCGGUUUUGCGCUCAACACUUGUGUUAUGUGUUUGACAAUCAAAAUAGAUUUUAUAAUAAUAUUUAUUACAUUAUCAGAAAAUUUAUUCUUAGAGCUAAUAAAAUGCUAAAUUAACAGUAA